AUGUUGUUAAGUUGGUACUUUUUAUUACAGAUAUUGUGGUUUGUGUUCUUGGAGCUGUUAUCCUCGGUUUUAGCACUUGACAACGGCUUAGCUUUAACACCACCUAUGGGUUGGCUUACGUGGGAACGAUUCAGAUGCAUCAUCGAUUGUAAGAAAUACCCCCAGGAAUGUAUAAGCGAAUCUUUAAUAAAGCGGACCACAGACAUAAUGGAAAAGGAAGGUUAUCUAGCCGCUGGUUACAACUAUAUAGCAGUCGACGAUUGUUGGCUGGAGAAGAAGCGAGACGCUAACAAGCGAAUGGUGGCGGAUCGGCAACGUUUUCCCAGCGGAAUUAAGGCGCUUGCUGACUAUGUCCAUGGCAAAGGCUUAAAGUUCGGAAUAUAUCAAGACUACGGCACAAAGACCUGCGCUGGAUACCCUGGCGUUCUUGGGUAUGAAGAGAUAGAUGUCAAAACCUUCGCCGAGUGGGAAGUGGACUACAUCAAAUUGGACGGUUGCAAUGUAGAUACGAGCCAAUUUGAUACUGGCUAUCCCGCUUUUGGAAAGUUGUUGAAUGAGACCGGUCGUCCCAUCCUAUACUCUUGCAGUUGGCCAGCGUACCAGGACAAUCCGAAUUAUACUUCUAUCGCGAAAAACUGCAACCUAUGGCGUAAUUAUCGAGACAUCCAAGAUUCCUGGACGUCAGUGAAAAAUAUUAUGCAAUGGUUUGCCAAAAAUCAAGACGAGUUGGUGAAGUACGCCGGUCCCGGACAUUGGAACGAUCCUGAUAUGCUAAUUAUCGGAAACUUUGGUCUUUCUUUGGAUCAAGCUCGCGUUCAGAUGGCGGUGUGGUCGAUACUAGCGGCACCAUUGCUCAUGAGCGUCGACCUUGCUACUAUCCGUCCUGAGUUCAAAGAGGUGCUGCUUAAUGAAGACAUCAUUGCCGUCGACCAGGAUCCGCUAGGCAAGCAGGGCCUGCGCGUGUGGAACGGUUCGGAUUGUGAGAUCUGGAAUCGCGAGCUUGGCGACGGUUCCUACGCAAUAGCUUUCGUGAAUCUGCGAGAGGAUGGCGCCCCAUUCACCCUCCAAGCUAGCUUUGAUAACAUGAAAAUACCCAAACAAAUUUACAAAGUGAAGGAUCUCUAUAAAGAUGAAAAAAAUGUACUUUGUGACCUUAAGGACAAAUUUGAAACGCGGAUAAAUCCUACAGGUUUGUAUUAA